AUGCAGGGAGUUAACACAGAAACAAAACCUCGUUCCCGCCAUCCUUCGUCGCUGGCAUGUUUGCCAUGUCGCCGUCGCCACUUGAAAUGCGACGCCGCAAUGCCGGCCUGCAGUCGCUGCCAGUCAUCCAGAAUAGAAUGUCAAUAUAUUCGUUCCAAACGAGGACUGCGAUCGAAAAAUAAGAACCAUUCACCGCAACUCUUGGAUGACGAUAUUCCAUUAUUCCCGGAUAUUAGCACGGAUGCUUUGGACUGGCUCGAUGCAACAGUUAUGCCGACAGAUCUAGAACCAAAUCAAUCGAUAUUCCAAGCAUUAAACACGCCUCAAACACUGGAUCUCGAGCUCCCCAGACUCCCUGAUUAUACGCCUACCUGGACAGAACCAGAGCAUUUAACGACACCCGAUGUUGCGUUCGACCCAAUGAUCCAGCUCUAUUAUCAAAACUUCCAUCGAUCACACCCAAUUCUGAUCCCCAGAAAAGCUCUUAACACUUCCCUCUGUCGCCGAAUACCUGCGUAUAUGUUGUCUAUAAUGCGCUAUAUCGGCGCUCACUACCAUUCCGAUCCAUCUUUCAAAGAGGUAUUCCGGGAAUCUGCCCACGUAGCAAUGUCAGAGACAACACCAAGAGAUGGCUUUAAAGUGCAAGGGAUGCUUUUACUUGCUAUUAUGACUCAUGCCUAUUGUAAAGAGGAUCGUGCGCAUGAGACGAUGCAGGCUACCAUCCAGUUGUCCCUCGAUCUUGGUAUGAACCGUGCAUCCUUCGCUGAGCAGAAUUCUUUCGGAAGCUCUAUAUUCGAGGAAAGCUGGCGCCGGACGUACUGGGAGCUGUAUGUUGUCGAAGGUCUGUUGGCAGCUAUGCGAGAUCAGAGCACAUUCCGUCUGUACAGCCAGAAAGCGGAUGUGUCCCUCCCCUGUGACGAGGAAUCGUAUAACAGAUCAGAAUCGCUGGCAUGUUGCAACCAAAAUCUCGAAGAUCUCCGUCAUAACUGGUCCUAUGGAGAAAAUCAGCAAAUCUUCUCUUCGUUCGCGUACCGGGUCGAUACUGUUCGAGUGUUGGGCAUGGUCCUAGAGAUUAACCACUCGUUAGAAAUCGAUGUACAAAACAAGGUUGAAACCGCAGACGCAAGCCUCGCUGCAUCAUUAAUGCACUUACCUUCUUCCCAGCAUGAUGUAUACGGAACAGCAUCCGAGGAAAUGACCUUCCAGAUACAGAUGAUUAUCUAUCUCGGCAUGAUCCACCUUCAUCACCCCCGCUCCAACAUGCGUUUUGCCUGCUUCCAUGCAGAAACAUCCUGCACUCGACUCCGAGCAUUGUGUGGUGAAACGUUUGUCUCUGCUGACCUCGACUUGCACUCGCAGAAGCUUCUUCGAGCGGCCAAUAUGUUGUCAAAUCUUGCCACUCUACCUACUCCUGUCAGACAACGCACCCCUUUUUUCACCUGCGCCCUGGCUAUGUGUGUAAUUGUCCAUACGGCUGCUUGUCUGAUGGCACCGGUAGUUGACCUGGAAGAAUCACUCAAGGCCAGAAUUCAGCUGGGAGUUGGGGGAUUGAAUGUGCUGGGGAGAGUGUGGCCGAUGGCAAAGAUGGCGAAGCAGCAGGUUGUGGGUAUGUAUCAGGAGGUGGGGCUGCAACGUCGAUGA